CCUCAUGCAAGUUGUUUUCGUCCAUACACGUAUUUAUCAUCUCCAGCACUUUCACGUUGUCCGCUUCCUCGAUCCGGUCCUUCUGCAUGGGUGCUUUGGGUAUUGACAGGAUCUAAUUGAACCUUCCUUUUUCUCUUACCUCUAUUUCACGAACAAGCCUGAACCUAGCCUUGGAUUCGCCCUUCAUGCCUUGCAUCACCUCAAAAUGAGCGAGACAAGCCCACCACCUGAAGCUCAACGCUUUGGUAGAUCCCAGACACCAGAGAGUCCACGGCCCGUUCAUAUACCCGAGCCUUCAAAUAUCCCCGUAUUGCUAAACCAGAUGGACCCAGUCUUCAAUGACACUGCAACCUACAACAUUCCCCAGAACCAGACGUUUUCUCCCUAUUCAGACCCUGCGCGCAAUAUGACUGAAAAGAACCAUGAGGAGCAGGAUGCUGUUGAAAAGUUCUUACGUGGUGCAGAGGAAGAAAAUGCGCGUCUAAACCCCGCGUCCGAACUCAAUGGCCAAAACUUCCAGGAUGAUGCCACGGUCGAGUCCACCCUUCUUUCAGCCCUCGCGAACAGUGCAGCCUACCAACAACCUUCUCAGACGCCAAAUGAUACACAGGCUGUCCCCAGCCAGCUACAAGAUGGAUCUCAUUCGGGUCAAGAAUCUGGCCAACAGGCUACUAAUGUUCAGGCCGACACCAACAAUGCCAACGUAGAGACCGGGUCUGAGCCUGUGCAAACUAACGCUCAGUCUAGUCAAGGUGGCAUCGACUAUCAAUCACUUCUCGACAGCAUUUCUCAGUCUGCUUCUACUGCUCCCGCACAAGAAUCCGUCUCUGCUCCAACUACUGCCACAUCGUUCGUCGAUCCUGGUCCACAGUCACUACCACCUGCACCAGGUCUUCCCCCAAAGCCACCGGCCAUUGCAGGUUUGCCAGAAACUCCCAGUUAUCAAAUGUUUCCCCAUGCUGCUGCUGAGGCAGCAGCUCAAUACCAACCCGUGAAUAAUGAUGCCGUCCAGAUCAACGGUGCAGAAGCUCCCGUCCCAGGGUCAGCCCAGUCCAUGAUCCAGAACCUUGCCACUCAAUUUCCACCUGGUUGGCCCCAGGCUCUUAGCCAAUUAUCGCCCCAAAGUGUACCACCGGUGCCUGGUCAAUCUUUCGAGCCUCCAGAGCCUUCAAAGUCUACCGACCCCAAUGAGAGACCUUGGACCCCAAACACACAAAGCUUGUAUGAUCGUUUCCUUGAAGAAGAAAGACGCUAUGUCACAGAAGGUAUCUGGGACAAAUUUCCUCAAGGCUCUCGACUUUUCGUCGGCAACUUACCCAGCGAAAAGGUGACCAAACGUGAUCUCUUCCAUACCUUUCACAAGCAUGGCCGCCUAGCCCAAAUUUCCAUUAAGCAAGCCUAUGGCUUCGUGCAAUAUCUUGAAGCCUCUUCGUGCCAGGCCGCGCUUCAAGCAGAACAGGGAGUGGAGAUUAGAGGAAGAAAGGUUCACCUGGAAAUUUCCAAGCCACAAAAGAACACCCGCGGCCAGAAUCAGGGAAAUAAGAGGCGUCGAUCAAGGUCCCCGGAACGUGGCAAUCAGCGUCCGGGCGACCGCUAUGGACGAAAUUUCAGUGAUUAUCGCGAUGACCGACAUAGACGUGACGACUAUCGCGGACGGUCCCCUUCCCCAAGAGGUUAUCGCUCGCGGGAUGAAUAUCGUUCUGGAGCACAGAGCCCCAGGUUUGGACCUGAAGGAGGACCCAGGUCGCCGUACGGCAAUUUCCCGCCCCCGAUUCCAGGUGGCUAUGAUGAAGAAUCGUCUUUACCUUUGCCUCGAAGGGAGCCCCGAGACGUUCCUGACGUACAGUUGUUAAUCCUUGAGCCAUCGGUUGCUCAAAGCUUCAUCACCUGGAUCGAGCAAGGAUUCCGCGCCAAAGGGCUUCGUGCAUCCAGCAUCUGGCUCAGCCCUCGACUACCACUCAAUGGCUUGGUGAAGAGGCAAAUCAUUGAGGGUGUUCAGGCGGUGGUCAAGCUGUCGCAAAGUGCGCAGUACAACAGUAAAAUUCCACUGCAGGUCUUUGAUCGCUCCGCAGGCGCUUCCAACGUGAAUUUCAAUGAGUAUGCUGAUCUUGACAUCCCUGUGGCAGCGGACAUUGUCCUCCAUGCCAGACAGAAGGAGCGUGGAUUCAACCAGCCCGCCCAGUAUACUGCGCAGAGCUACCCUCCAGCGCAAUAUAAUCAGCCCGCACCUUCACAGUUUCCACCACAGAUACCUCCUCCAUUCCCACCCACGCCCUUACAGCAACCGCCUCAGUAUCAAUACGGACAGCAGCCACCAUUUCAAGGCCAGGUUCAGACACCUGUGACGCCGACAUCAUCUGCAAAUCUUCAGCAACUAUUGGCUAAUCUCCGGCAGCCUGGAGAUCAAGCCAACGCUCCACCCGCAAAGCCAACUACUGAUAUAGCAGGUUUACUUGGCAACGUCGCUCAUCAAGGCCAUAUGGGUGGCCAAUUCCCGCUCUCUCCUUCUGGACAAGCACCACAGCAGGGGUACGGUGCCGCACCAGUCUACAGUCCUGGUCAGCAGCCUCACCAAAAUGUGCAGAACAUCAUGGACACGUUGGCGAGAUAUGGUCGAUGAAUGCAAGACGUGGGAACUCGCUUAUCAUGGGCGGUUAGUGAUUGUUUGUGACGAAGACUUUUUUUCCUCAUGAGAGAAGCAUUGUGAGCGUGUAUGGAAAACACUUGAACUUGAGUUUAGCUUAUAGUCCUUUUUCUUCCUAGAGCAUAGACUGCCCACCUCUGAUACUAGGGUGAAAUGGGCACAUGAUAGCAAUCCAAUGUUAUGUCGUAAAUGA